CUCUUGCCUCUGCCCUCGCCCGCUCUCUCCUCUUCUCGCCUCUAUCGACCAUGGCCCUCUCUCUCCUCACUCCGCCGCGCGCGCUGCGCUACGUCUCCGCCUCGCUCGCCGCCGCGCUCGACCGCGCCCUCUUCUCGCCCACCCACGCCUUCCCGCCCGCCGUGCUCAUCGAGCUCAGCGGCCUCGCCAUCGCGCAGAUUGUGGCGCGCGAGUAUCCGCGCCACACCUACCCCUGCGUGCUCGUCGCCGCGGGGCCGGGCAACCAGGGCGCCGACGGCCUGGCCGCGGCGCGCCAUCUGCGCACGUGGGGCUGGAAGAUCGCCGUGUGGGGGCCGCGCCUCAAGGGCGACAGCGAGCAACUAGCCACGCAGCUCUCUCACUUCGACGUGCACUUCCUCGACUCGGACGCGCAAGCGUUUGAGGACUAUCUCGAGCACGCCGACGUCGUGCUCGACACGCUCUUUGGCUUCUCCUUCCAGGGUCCCGCGCGCGAGCCGUAUGCCGAGAUUCUGCGGCUGCUGAGCUCCGAGUCGCGCAUCGAGUUCGCGUUCCGUCGUCCGCGCCCGCCCAUCGUCUCCGUCGACAUUCCCUCUGGCUGGCCCGUCGACGCCUCCUCCUCUUCUGCCUCCGCCUCCUCCUCUUCCUCCUCCUCGGCAGCAGCAAGCAGCGAUGGCCUGGCGCCGCCCGGCUGCUUCACGCCGCAGGUGCUCAUCUCGCUCUCGGCGCCCAAGACUGGCGUGCGCGCGCUCGUCUCGCAGCCCAGCGCCGCGCUGGCGCCGCCGCAGCAGCCGGCGCAGCAGCCGCGCGCCCAGCACGCGCACGCACAGCAGCCGCUCAAGCACUACCUCGCCGGCCGCUUCAUCCCGCCGGCCCUCGAGGCGGAGCUGGGCCUGGCGCUGCCGCUGUACGAGGGCACGCAGGGCUGGCUGGACGUGACUGGUUGGCCGGAGAUGAGCGAGGAGGAGGCAAAGGCACUGCAUGCGGAGGCCAAGAAGCGGCAGGAGGAACUGGAGGAACAAGGCGUGAGGGACGCCGAGAUGGCCGAGAUGCAGGCGGAGCAGGAGGACGAGGAGGCGCAAGGCGCUGACGAGGAGGAGGAUGCAAAGACGGUCAAGGCCGAUGCUUAAGCGAGCACGCCGUCUGUCUCUUCGGCGGGCCGCAGCGUAUCGCCGGCGGCCCCUUCUCAUACACGUCUGGCCUUGCCGGUUACACCUGUCCCUCGCCGCUGCCCUUCCGCGAAUCCGCCAGCCCGCCGCUCUCUCCACUUGCCCGUUGCGCUCCGCACUUGGUCUCAAGUCCCAAUCGCCCUCGCCAUCUCUACGUCCCUGCCCCCCUCGAGCCCGCUCAACUGCCGCACCAGUCGUCGGGUCCGAUGCUUUUUCCGUGCCCUGGCCAUCAUCGCUCUCAUGCUCACACAUCACACCCCGCCCGGGGCUUGCCCAACCUCGCUGUGUCUCACGCUUCCACCCACACACACACACACACACACGCACACGCACUACUCUGCACCUCUGCCUCUCUCCACAUACACACCGCUCUCGCUCCGCGUAGGGGUUGGUGUGGCAUGCCAAUUCGCAAUCUCAUUGACCUUCAGUCC